GGCUAGGCGUGUGGCCGUGUGCGUGCGCUGCGCACGAGGAGACGCGGAGAGAGAGAGAGAGAGAGAGAGCACGCGGCUGAGUCGAACCCGUUCGGUCGGGUCGGGUCGGGUCGCGUCGCGUGGGCUGCAUGCGUCGGUCGCUCGCGCCGCGGCGGCGCGCGGCGGAGGCGGCGAUGGCGGCGGCGCGCAACCCACGAAACCCUAGGCGCCGCGGGGCCAUCCUCGCCGCGGUCGCCCCCUUCCUCGCCUUCGCCGACUACCUCAGGCUCCGCCUCGUCGACCGCGCGUGGCGCCUCUACUGCCGCCGCGUCGGCCACGCCCCGCCGCCCUUCCCCUGGCUGAUGCUCCCCGAGCGGGAGUCGCCGCCGGGGGCGGGGGCGGUGGCGCGCCGCGUGUUCUACGACGUGCCCGGCGGGCGGUCGUACGGGUACCGGGUGCCCUCGAGGGACAUGCACCGGUGCGUCGCCACGGGGCACGGGUGGGUCGUCAUGGUCGCCGUGGACGCGCCGCGCCGCGUGAUGCUGCUCAACCCCAUCACCGGCGACCAGAGGAUCGUGGCGUGGCCGUUCGCCAGGUGGAACGCGCGGUUCCACGCCGUCCUCACGUCGUCUCCCGCCGCCGGCGAGGCGGGGUGCUUCCUCGUGGUGGUCGCGGACAGGCUCCUCGCCUUCUGCCGCCCCGGCGCCGACUUCCAGGGGUGGGAGACGCUGCGCGCGCCGGGGUUCCGCCACCACGCGGCCCUCAGCGACGUCGUCGCCGUCGGCGCCACGGUGUACCUCGUCGACGAGCGGAGGCGGCUGUGGCGCGCCGAUCUCGCGGACGAGAACCCCAAGGUGCAGCGCAGGGACACGGGGUUCGCGCUCCCGUCGCUCGAGCUGAGGCGGCACUACCUCGUGGAGUCGCUCGGCCACGUCCUCCUCGUGCUCUCGGACGAGCGCCACAACCGCGUCGCGCUCUACAAGCUCAACUGGGACGCGAGGGCGUGGCUGCCGAUCGCCGCCUGCCCCGGCGAGCGCGUGCUGCUGCUCGGCCGCGGGUGCUCGGCGGCCGUCCCGCCUUCCUCCGCGGCCGGCCGCGCCCCGGGGACCGUCCUGUUCGCGCACCAGCCGUCGACGCUGCCCGACGUGGACGUCGCCGCCCGUGGCCAGGCGUGGUUCUGGUCGGAGUCGAGGGUGGGCGCGGCGCCGGGUGAUCUGCUGGUGCUGAAGAAGACGGUGCCGCACCGCCAUGGCGAGUUCCCCGCCGACGGCGACUCGUUCUGGUUCUUCCCAGCAGUUGAUCCGGAUGAGGACGCAAGGUGAAAAGCUUCGAUUUUUUCUCUUCAUGUAUUGUCAAGCAGCUCAAGCAAAUCAGGGUAAAGAUAGUGAUAGCAUCAUGACUCAGAUGUGCAUGGUUUAGCUCUUUAGCCUCUUACAGAGUUUACAGUUCAGUGUCAUAUAUGAGUCCUGCUUCUGCAAUUGUGAUCUCAAGUGCUAAUCAAUUGUGUAGAGCUUUUGAUACUGUUGUAGCAUGUUAAUCUGCUUCUGCAAUGCAUAUUCUCUCGCUUUUUUUGUUAA